AUGAAGCUUCCAUACUCUCGACCUGCGGUUUCUGUGAACCGGAUUGUAGGCCAAUUUAAAGGAUUUCAAUGUGGCUCUACUACUCUGCCUCUCCGAGCACAGCAACGGCACUCCAGCAGAACAAUCAGCAGCGCUAAAGCGACAUUUUCAAGUACACGGCCUCAACCCAGCAAGGAAAUCGACACCCCUGAUACCGGGAAUCUCACACUCUCUCUAUCGGACCAAGUCCGCCUGCUGAUGAGACGAGUGCCCUACCCCGUUGCCAUUAUCACGGCCACAGACCCCCAUGAGCCUCUCGACAAAGCCUUCCGCGGAAUGACCGUUUCAUCGUUCAAUACCGUGACACUAAACCCGGAGCCGGCUAUCUCUUUCAACGUACGACGACCAUCCGAGACACUGAGCGCCCUUCAGUCGUCCAAACGAUUCCUUGUCCAUCUAUUAGCCCCCAGUCAGACGACAGCAGCCCUUGCUCGGGAUUUCUCCAAAGGCAACCAUAACCUGUCCAUCGCAAGCGGAAAAGGCGACUUCGAAUUCGUGCCGCAUACCUCUACGUCUGGUGGGGAGGCGCCCCCCAGACCGCUCCCACUGCUCCGGAGGAAGAAAGCCGCGGAUGCACCGGAGGGGAAUUCCCUCUCAGAUAUUCCUUUCGUGUUUGAAUGCCAACUUCAUCCGAAGGAGAUUGAAGUUAACGACCAUACUAUUGUGGUUGGGACCGUUGUAAGGGUCCUUUCGGAGCAUUUGACGAGUCCAGAGGCGAUUGCUAACGCGCACUCCGUCACCGAUCUAUGUUUAACAUAUGCCAAUACCCGAUUUUGGGAAAUGGGCCAUGAUAUUUAG